UGAAAAGACAUUCCUGUAUUCACUUCUCAUUAUAAACAACAACAAAUAUACAUGUAUAUAUAAAAGGGCAAGGCUCCUAAAUUGGUGGUUUGUCGGUAAAAGAUUGUUGUUUCAUUUCAGAAAAUUCCAACAACAUGACUGAUAGCAGCAUAUUUAAAUGUUUUAAGGACAUCUGUGAUGAAGGCAUCCACUACUGUGAUACAGAAACGGAAAGGUGUUAUAAAUGUGAAGAUAUCAAGGACGGCUGUAACUCUACCAAUGGCGACUUCCCUUCUCAGUGCACCCGUUUCUGUAUAGAUUACCUUAUGAACCUAAACCCUGCAGAUGGAUGUGACAGUUAUCAAGUGCCUUUCUUCAUUACGCUGGGCUUAUUAAUUGUGGCAUCUGUUCUGCUUUUGAUUGUAACAGUGAAAUUCAUACGAACUCGUCGAUGUACGAAACAGGUGAAAAUCAAUGCAACCAACGACGAGGAAGCGCAGAAACUGAUAAACCAAGAUACACCUACAGACUACAAGAUUUCAGAGGAGGACUCACGUAAUAUAGCUAGAAACAGUGAGAAUAACACACCCAGACGCGAAGAAGCAGACGUCAAAAUAGAAUGCGAGACGCCUGCAGUCGAGCGUCCAGAUGGUAAGAGCAAUUCUAUCAACCACAAAGCGCAUGCAGGAGACGAUGACCGCAACCUCAAGACGGACAGUUCCUACACUGAGAAGAAGCAUUGUGAACCACAAAUAGAGGUCGACAGUAUUGUCCGUGAACCAAACAUCUCUCACUCUGAGAAUGGCAAUGGCGGUUCACCCAAGUCGAAACUCAAGGCGUGUCAAGAAACGAUUAACAACGACCAGCCAGUUCAUGUUGACGGGAAGAGUGGUUGUGUGAACUCACAAACACACAGCAUAGGUAUAUAUCACCCCGGAAUGGAGACCAGAAACGGUUCAGUAUACCUGAAUCUAACUAUUAACAACAGCAAUCAGACAGACGGGGGUUUGCCAGAAAAGGGAUCCAAGAUACCUGAACAGGAUAAUAGAAAAUGUAUUAAACACGAUCUUCAUAACAAACUUAACACGAUCAACCCAAGCCAGGACAAGGAGGGGAAACAUGCCCCAAUAGUUUGCUGAUGAAUGUAAAGUGACGCCAUAUACCCGUAUUUGUUGUUUUACAUUAAAUAAUUUUAAUAUAUUGCGAAUCCUAAAUUUUACUGAUAUAUGGCGUUGGGUUUUUUUUUUUAAAUAAUUUUAUUUCGUUAUGAUCAUCUGAAAGAUUUUAAUCAACUUUGUUAUCACAAAUCCAUAAGCAUAAGAGACGGGGGAGUCAGGGGGCCUGAAAUGUUUUCACCAUGUAUUAAAUUUCCAUCAUACUGCCCACAAUAUUAGUUGUAAUCCAUGUAAAAAUGUAUAGCGAUUCGUUUGCAACCCUAUAUCGCUGUUUGGCAGUAAUGCUAAUAUGAAUAAAAUUAUGUUGUAAUUCACAUUCGGGCCUUUUCGUUUAAUUCGGGCAAAAAUCAUCCCGACAGCCCUCCUCGCUACAACAAAACUCAGCCUGACAGCCCUCCUCGCUACAACAAACAUCAUCCUGACAGCCCUCCUCGCUACAACAAAAAGUGAGCCUGGAAGCCUUUGCACGUGUCAAAUGUGUCACGCUGGUGAUAAUAUUUUUAAAAUAUUUCUAACGUUACAGGCAGGGGGGGGGGGCUGGGGGAGUCUAUAGCCCCCUCAAUAAUUCUGAAUCAGAAAUAGUGUUCGUAGUAAAUCUUACCUUAAAGCAGAGAUGAAUUUUACUUUCACGCUUAUGUUCAAGUAUUUUGUUGAAAAACAUAUUUGGAACGACUAGUGAUCAGUUUAAUUAGAAAAAAAACGUUUUCCCCAUCUUCAUUCGUCGAGGGUGCAAUGUCGAGAAUUCGGGCAUUUAAAAAAACAAAAACCUCUAAAUUUGGGCUGCCCACCCCGGGCCACCCCACCCCCAGAAAUAUUGGAGCCCGUAUACCUGUGCGGGGCUGUAUGAUGAGUAUAAUGUUAUCAUUAACAGAUAAGGAUUCAUAGUUUGUGAAAACAGGAAUCUAGAAAAAUAUAAUUGAAUCACUAAACGCGCGCAUGGUAAAAAGACCCCAUCAGUGUGUUUAAAUUUUGUUAUUGGGCAUAGCUUUCGUUUAUUAUUUGGUGUAUUGACGGCAUCGGAAUCGCUUUCGUGAAUAAUAUUUAAGUCAGUUGCUUCCCCUUGAUUGUUAAUUCGACAAGGGUAUUGCAAUCGAAGUUCCACCGGUCCGUAAGUUUUUAACAUGCUCAUAUACCACAGAGGUUUCGAUCUCUGGGAGGCCAGGGACCCAACCCGGGGCAGAGAAGUUCCACCAAUGACUUUAUUCGAAACAGAAUGAAAUGUGUGACUCUAGUUUUGAUUCUUCACCCACAUCAAUGUCGAGUAAAGUCCCAAUAUCCAAACAUAAACCCGGUGCAAAAAAGGUAAAAUCCGUGAGUGUAGAUAGUCGUUCAGAGACAAGCGACACAAGUUCUGCAGCCUCACACAAAGAAGAAUCAGAAUCGGAAAUCAUGGAAGUCAUAGUUAAAGAGUUAAAACAAAUAAACGCAAAUCAGAUACAGCUAAGUAAAAAGCUGGACCAAACAAUAACAAAAUAUGACUUAAAAAUACAAGUAGAAAAAGUGAAACAAGAAAUGUUCCAAAAAUGUGACAGACAGACUGAAUCUAGAAUAGGUCAACUUGAAAUAGAAAAAAAUCUGAAAAAAGAUAAUGUCCGUUUGAAGAAAGAAAAUUCUGAUAUCAAAGAAGAUAUUAAAGGUGCAAAUAUUGCGUUAGUCAGAACGAACAACCUGGAGCAACACGGCCGCAAGGAUGACAUUCGACUAUUUGGAAUUAGGGACGAAAACAAAAACGAAACUGCUGAACAAACUACUGAAAAAACAAUGCAAGUGUUGAAAAAAAUUGGUAUGACCGUUACAAAAAAUGACAUAAGUAUUGCGCAUAGACUUGGUCGUUUCGAAGAGUCAAAGAGUAGACCUAUCACAGCCAAGUUUAUUAAACGAACACACAAAAAUUAAGCACUUACCAAGCGAAGAAAACUCGAAGGUACGGGCAUUGGUUCGAAUGAAAAUUUGACAAAGGAAAAUUACUCGAGACUGUGGAAGGUGAAAUCUCAUGACAAUGUCGAAGCAGCCUGGACAAAGGAUGGUGCUAUUUAUGCAAAACUGGAAUCGGAGGUCCAAUUAAAACGAAUUGUUAACAUGGAUGACUGUUUUCCACGUUAGGGAUUAGAACGAUACAUGGGUGUUUACAUAGACUGUGAGCAUAGCGAUAUGGAGCUGAUUUAAACAUAUCUACUGCCUGCUUUGUGCACAGUGUGUGUUUUUUGUUUGUUCGUGCAUAGUGUGUGUUUUUAUUUGUUCGUACUUACGUUACAGUAUGUGUACUCCUUAACUUGUUAAUGUUUUCAUGAGACGAACGAAGGAAUAUGUAUAUAGGUGUAUGUGUAUAUGUAUAUACAAAUAAAUAUGUAUACUCCCUGUAUAACGAUAUGGAUCGGAAUACAGCAGAGACUGCUUCUUUUUUCUUCUGUGUGUGUGUGUGAGAGAGAGAGAGAGAGAGAGAGAGAGAGAGAGAGAGAGAGACAGCUCUUUUGUGAAAUAAUACCCCCAAACAUUUCGAUUUAAUCGGGGUAUUGUUGCACGUAGGGAGACUGGCUCUUCUCGAUAUUUAAAUUAUUUAUUAUUAUUAUUAUUAUUAUUAUUAUUAUUAUUAUUACUACAUUAAGUUAUUUAUUUACUAUUCUUAACGUUUGUUCCAACUUUCUUUCUUUUUUUCUUUCUUUUUUUUGUGGGUUGGUCUUGCGGGAGGUGAAAACUGGCAGCACUUCUGUGGAAAAAUACCCCAAGCAUUUUCGAUACAAGCGGGGUAUUGUUGCACGCAGGGAGACUGGCCUUGAUGGGUUUUUAUUUAUUUAUUUUAAGUAAUGAGUGUGUAUGUGUAUGUUUGUGUGUGUGUUAGAAUAUAUAUAUAUAUAUAUAUAUAU